GGCGGAGCCAAGGUUGUCGGUUUGAAAAUGAAGCUGAUAAAACGACAGCGACAUUUACGCUGUGGGUGCUACAUAGCUCGUAGAAAUCGUAGAAAAACACGAUGACUGACGGGCGACGGACCCAGGUUGUACUCCUGGACGAAAGGCGUCUGGAGUUCCUGGUCCAGUCCAAGUUGUUUUCGGGAGAUUUGCUGGAUCUGGUAGCCUCACAUUGUAAUUUAAAAGAAAAGGAGUUUUUUGGUUUAGCAUUCACUGAUGAAACGGGUCAUAAUAAUUGGCUGCAACAUGAUAGAAGAGUCCUUGAACAUGAGUUUCCUAAAAAGAGUGGACUGUUGGGGUUGUCUUUCAAAGUCCGCUAUUUUGUGGAGAGUAUUACAAUAUUACGAGAUACUAUCACAAUAGAAUUAUUUUUUCUGCAAGCAAAACAAGCUAUUUUCAAGGGUGAUUUAGAAGUAGAUAGUGAAACAGCUUUUGAAUUAGCAGCUCAUAUAUUACAAGCAUUACAUGGCGAUUUCACCAGUGACUAUGCAGCUAAGAACAACCUUAAGAAGCUUCCAGUACUGCCAACAAGUGCUUUAAAAGAUCAUCCAUCACUUUCGUAUUGUGAAGACAGGGUACUUUACUAUUACAGAAGAUUAGCUGGUCAGAACAGAGGACAAGCAAUAGUCAAUUAUAUGUCAAUUAUUGAAAGUCUACCCACUUAUGGAGUACAUUAUUAUGAAGUAAAAGACAAAAGUGGUUUACCAUGGUGGCUUGGAUUUAGUCAUAAAGGUAUCGGGCAGUAUGAUAUCACGGAUAAAGUCACACCAAGAAAGGUAUUUCAGUGGCGACAGCUAGAGAAUUUAUAUUUCCGCGAUAGAAAAUUUUCCAUUGAAGUUCACGACCCGCGAAGGGUAUCUCUAAGUCGACGUACAUUUGGUCCCAGUAAUGUCACUGUCCAUGCUUGGUAUGGAAACCCUGUACUUGUCAAGUCCAUGUGGGCUAUGGCUAUAAGUCAACACCAGUUUUACUUGGAUAGAAAACAAAGCAAGGCUUCAUUACCUUCGUUUCGCAGUCUUGGUGAAAUUGCAGAUGAGUUAACAGAAAGUCGUCUAUCAUUGACUUCCAAAUCAUCACAGGCAUCUGAUUUAACCCAUGAUAGUAGUUCUAUUAGUUUAUCAGCUAUCUCCAAUGGUGUAUCUAGUGAAAUAUUAGCCACUCAACAAGCAGCACAGCGAGAAAUGAUUCUAGCACUGAAAUCGCGCAAAGAAGCUUUGGAAGAAAGACUUAAACUAAAAGUAGAUUGUUUAAAAGAGCUUUGCAUCAAAGAGGCUGAGAUUAUUGGCGAGCUUCCUCAGGAGUAUCCGUUAGUUCCUGGUGAACCUUUGCCACAAGUGAGACGCAGAGUUGGCACAGGAUUUCAGCUCUCAGAUAAGCUGGUCAAUAAACAAUUUGAUUCACAUGAUGAUGAGCUGCACAUGCUUGAGGUGGAGUGUGAACUACAAUCUAAAAUUACAAGCGCAGCUCUCAGUCUGGCAAAUGAUCCAAGAAUCAACAAGAAAGCACGGAAAAGUAGAAAGGAAACUUACAAGAAAGCCGCUGAAAAAUUAACUGAAUUGGAGAAGAAACUACAUAAUGUGAAAUUACAAUUAGGUUACUCCUCGUCCUUUGUUCCAGUGAGAUUAAUGAACUUUCAGGAUGAUGAGUCUUCAUUAUCUGAUAGUGUUUCAGAAAACUCGCAGCCCAUAUUUAUUGGGCCACCACAGACACCGCCAAUAUCACGCAAAAGCUCUGAUGGUAGCAUACGAAUUAUACGAUCUCCACACGUGGAAGUAAUUGAACUGCAAAGGACUCCUAGUUCGAGAAGUACAUCAACGAACAGGUCGCGGUCACCAGCAUCUGAAAGGAAUGUGCGUAAACCAAUUUCUUCGCAGUAUUUGUACUUUGAUAAAUCUGUGCGACGGAGUAUGAGCGACAGGCACAAACCGCCAAGUAGAAUGCCUGGUCAUCGCUCUAGAGAAAGAACUCCUGCCAAGUGGAGAUCAAAAACUCCUGAGCCUCCCAAGAUGAGGCCUACAAUUGUGGAUAGUAUGGAGAAUCUUGAUCAACAACCACCAAGGCCAACAACACCCGUGAUUUUAUAUCCAGAAAGGGAGCAUGCCGAUCACCGAAAUUACCAGGAACUACCAGAACCGCCACAAAGGCAGCAGCAUACUGCGGUCUUUACCUUUCAGGAAUCAACUCCUAAAAGACCGUCUCAUUUUGAGACCUCUAGUCAGCGAUCAGACUCUCCAUGUUCUAAUCGACAACGUCACGCUUCGUCAACAAGUAACUUGUCAUCAUCAGGGAAAAAUGGACGUGAUUUUUUACCAUUUGACAAUCCUGAAUACCAUCAGCAGCCAACGUCGUUGAGUCAGCCGGCAUCUCCUAGAAAACAUGUAUCACUCGGAACUCUGCAAAAUAAAUGUAACAGUCUCCCAAUGGGCGAGGCAGAAGAUGACAAUUUAGGGUACACGCCUUAUGUUAGCAGGACUAAGUACAGGUCACAGCAUUACCCUACAUAUAGUACUAACUCUCGGUUUUCUGAUUUCAGUCCUAAACAAUUUGAUUUUGAUGAUGUCAAUGUGUACAUCAAUCAACCGUACAGACAUCCGGAUGACGAUAAUUCAUCCAGUACGUCAUCGUCUAAACAGGGUAGUCUAGAUGAUAGGACUCACUGUGUGGAAAUGUAUCGUCAUGACAACGACGAACCGGCAAAAGCAUUGAGUAGGGUAGCCAAAAGUAUGGAGUUGUUACGUGAUGCCACUUUGUCAAUUCCCAAUAGUCGUGUCUCCGUGGAUUCUGUCAGGACUCAAGAAUCAGAUGAGACGACACCCAUGCAAAAUCUUGUAAGAGGGACCAAAAGCAUGGAAAACAAUUUACAGAGGAGUAGCAGCAGUAGUGAUAGUAGUAGUUGUGGCGGCGGCGGUGGUGGGUAUAUCACCUCAGUGUCGCAUAAUCCUCGGGCUCCCUUACAACAGCAAUAUGUAGCAUCGUCAUCAUCGCAAACUAGUUAUGAACCAACACCAGUACGGCCAUACUAUGGCACGUCUAAGAGUCCUGGGUAUAGCCGGAGAGCAAUGAACACUUCUUAUAGGUCAGUGCCAAGCUCACCGGCACAUCACCGCAAUACCAGAACAAAUGUAGGGAUAACACCUGCAGCGUCGCUAAAACCUGCAGAAUUCCAUACUGCUACCUCUACUUCCGUUAGACCCGCACCAUCAUACACUGUCAAGGUUGCUAGUAAAACACAUUAUCAGCCCGUGCAACCGAUGACAUGCGAGGCUGUCCCUAAACCAGGCAAUCCUAACAGGUUGUAUUCAGAAUCCUAUACCAUUGAAAACUAUCAAGGCGAUGCAGGAGAGUCAUUAGCUGAAGCAUUCAGUGAAGAAAUGUUAGCAUGGUACGAAGAAAAUGAACAGUCAUUUACAUCAAAGACUAGUAAUAGUACAUACGUAUGAAAUAAGAUGCUAACCUAAAGUGAGAUGGAUGAAAUGUUAUAGCGUGCUCUACAUAGUAUUCUGAAUAUGACUACCCUGAGGCAGCUAGACAGAAUAUUCAAAAAAACUUGUUGUUGAGGUGGUGGUUGUACAUAUAAAAUGGCACACCUAGCUUUCUCUAAACAAACAUCUACAAGAGCAGUGAACGUAUUUUUAGUCUACUCGGAACAAAUUUUAAACACAUGAAGUGAAGAUGGCUGGAGGAGAAAAGUAACAAACUAUAUGUACAUAAAUACAUUCCUUGUUUUAUCUCUGUAUAAUAUUGACGUCAAAUUAUUUAUUUUUAUUUUUUUUUUUUAAUUAAUGUAUGGUGCCAUGUUUUAAUAUUGACAAUGGCUGGUUUGCUUGAAAGCUUCUGUACCUUGCAUGUUGCUAUUGCCGUUGUAUGUCAUUAGCGUAACUAGUUUAUUCAUAGUGUAUCCAGGAUCAUCGUCUGUACAUGGAACUUUCAUAGUUGGCUUUCAUAGUUGGCUAUAAUCCCAAUUCAUUCUUUCAUGCAUUCUGAACAAUCACUUAUUCAACCAACAGUCUGAUUAUGGUGCUUAUUCAAUAAUUUGCAUUUCAAUAUUUUGACAGUUAAACAGUUCAGGAGGAGUUGCACAAUUUCCUGACACAUUGAUGCCCCCACCAAUGGCGGUUUUAUUGAGUAGAUUUUAAUACCACACACGUUGAGCACUGUCAACAUCUGUUUCUCAUUUGGUUUUAAUACUUGCAUUAUUUUAUAAAAAAUUUUUUCAAAGCUUAUUGAGUUUCAUCAUUUUUUCUUCUCAAGAAUAAUGUCUGGAGGUUUUCUACGGAAAGAUAUUAAGUUUGUUUUUAUCUGUGGUAUAUGUUGUAUUUAUAAAACCAGGAAUAUCCCGUACUUGUAAGUGUACAUAUUUGCUACACUUAACUGCCAUUGAAGAUUAUUAUUGGUUUACAUGUCGGUAAAUAUGAUUUUCCAAAAAACAUUGCUAAUGGCAAGUCCAGAAAAAACAAAAACAAUGUAUAAAAUAUGUUGUCGAAACGGUCAUGAAUCAGUAGGGAAUUUGUAAAAUUUGUCUAUCUGCACUGUUCCGUUGAGGUUGAUUUACAGGUAAGCUGAUUAUGAUACUUCUAACAUGGCUGGUCGUUUUCACCAAUUGCUCGAUGCCCAUAUUCUAAUCAACAGAAUGUAUAAAUUUUUAAUAUGAAUGUCAAUUGUUGUUUAAUUUGUAUUCAAUGUCGCAUCGAUCAUAUGUUAAUUAUGUUUUUUUUGGAAUCCACACUGAAACUGAAAAUAACUAAUAGCGAAAUUAACGUAUGUUCAACCAGACAGGCUUUGUGUGAUUGAUCAUACCCAUGUUAGAAGUUGGUUAUAAAAUGAUAAAUAACCUCGCUCUCUUCCUGACCUCAAAGUUCUGUACAUGUCAGCUGUUAUUUUAUAAUCUUUGUUUCCUAAUAUUUUGCAUGAAUGACCUUGCUAAACUUUUCAUCAGUAUUAUUUGAUCAACGACAUGCCCAUUUUUACUUCAUGCCUCCAAAAUGAAUUAUUGAUUAAAAAACAAGCAGCACAUAAAUAUGAACAGUAAUGGGUUGAUUAUAUACCAGUAAUUUUUUUUUUUUUCUCCUAAAAGCUGUAUUUUAUUUCUCAAACAUGACAGUUCAGUUAGGGAGUUUUUGGCAGACCUGACGCAAAGACUCCCUAGCUUGGUAUAUUUUCUGUAUUCAAUCCAAGUUGCAUCACUUGUGUCAGAUAUAUAACUGGCUGUGUAAUAAUUACUCAUGUUUUUAAAAAAAAUCAUGUUAUGAAAUAUGUUUGAAUCAUGUUUACUAAUACCUUGUUGCUGCAACCUGAUUUUUUUACCUUGUUAAUAAUUAUGGAGAUCAUGAUCUGGCACUCUGAGGACGACUUUUUUCAUUGAUAUGCUCCCCUUGGAUCGUAUUAAAAAUACUGUAAUACAUUGUAGUAUCAUUCAGCAUAAAAUUGUGAUUAAAAUAUACAGUAAACAAGCACUGAGGUGAGUUCUCGCUGUCUAAUAUUGCAGUUGAGUCUGGAAAAAAACACCUAUAACUUCAGGGAUAAUAAAUUUAGGCUGGGAACUUUAUCAAAGUGAACAAUAUUCAAUCAAGUAAGUGUUAACGCAUCAAGAAUGGCAGAUUUAUAAAAAGUAAAUGCAUGCUAUCAUGAACUCUUGUACAAAUUGCAACAGUUGAUUAUGUUUUCAAAGUCAUUUUUAAAAUUUUAUCUGCUUUAUGGUUUUAAUUAUGUUUUUCUUGUUUCAAAUGACAGACAUUCGUUAUGUGCUGGACUCAUUUUACUUGUGCUUUGUUGUCAUUUCAAUUCAAAUCAUGUACAGCGUACAGAAUAAAUACUGAGUACAUCUGAUGACUCGGAAUAUUGUUAA